AUGGCCGCCGGUCGCGCACGGCAGGGCGCCGCGGGGCUGGUUGCCGGCAGCGCGAGCCAAGGAGCCACGGGCCCGACAGCCGGCCGCGGUAGCCAGGGCGACGCAGGGCUGGCAGCCGGCCGCGCCACUGAGGGCGCUGCGGGACUGGCAGUCGACCGUGCUAGCAUGGGCGCCGCCGCCUUGGCAGCCGGCUACGCCAGCCAGGGCGCGACGGGGCUUGCAGAUCAGGGCGCCGCGAGCGACGGCACUGCGAGCGAGGGCGUCGAGCAGGGCCUCGCCACCGCCACGCUUGCCAGACUUCUAAGGCAGCUGUUGUCCAAGCUUUGGAGGGAAUGA